CGUCGAUAUAACUGUGCAUUCACUUUAGUACACGCCAGGUGGACGGACCAUCGCAACGUUGCGUGACUUCAACCAUCCUCAAAAUGGCACCAAUAACUUUCGAUAAUCCUGCCGUACAGGCGUAUAUCCUAUACUCGGCUAUAUUAGCAGUGAAGCUGCUUGCUCUCGGACCUAUCACCGGAUUCACAAGAAUGGCUAAAGGUACUUUCGCUAGCCCUGAAGAUGCCAAACUUUUGAAAGGCAAAGUGAAGACUGACGAGACUGUAGAGCGAAUUCGGCGCGCCCAUCUCAACGAUCUGGAGAACAUUCCCGCGUUUUGGAUCCUAGGAGUGUUGUACCUCACCACGGGACCUAAUGUUGUCUGGGCGAGCUUGCUGUUCAAGAUGUAUACGGCAGCCCGCGUGUCUCAUACCAUCUUCUACACAAUAAUUGCAGCCCAGCCAUUUAGAGGCCUUUCGUGGAUGAUCGCCUUUGUGAUCAUGUUAUACAUGGCUGUACAUGUAAUAUUACAAAAUAUAACAGCAUUGUAAUUACUUUUUCUUUAUCUGUAUUUUUGAUAAGAGAAAUAAAACUUUUGAUAUAAAAA